AAAAAAAAAAAAAAAAAAGAAGAGCAAAGAUCAUCAUACGUGAGUUCGCGAGUUGUGGAGAGACACGGAGGGAGAGAGAGCGGCCAGAAUUUGCGAAUUCAACUCAAACCGCUUCCAGCUCUGAGAACCUAGGGAUUAGGAGUAGACGGCAUAGUUUGAUCGAUUUGUAUUAAGGUUCCUUUGGAAUUGUAUGUGUAUAUGUGAACUUGUGUAUGUGUUCUAUAGUAUCUAGGGUUUGGCGAUUGAGCCCUGUUGUUGUGUGCCUUGGAUGUUAAUGGAGAUAUAAGGGUGGGUUUCUUCAGGGUUUAUUUUCCGAUGGGGAGCACCGGUGAGCCUGACCGGAAACGGCGUCACUUCAACUCUAUCUCACCCACUGCCGCUACUGCCAAGAAGCAGCCCUUUUUGCCCUUGUCUGAAGAAAAGAAGCUUGAUACCACAGUGCUUCAGUAUCAAAAUCAAAAGCUUGUUCAAAAGUUAGAGGCUCAAAAAGUUGAGUGUGCUGUUCUGGAAAACAAAUUUUCUCAACUAAAGGAGAAACAACAGGCAUAUGAUGAGAACAUAGCAUUGGUCAAUAGAGCUUGGAAAGAGCUGAUUAAUGGCUUGGAAUCAUUCUCUAGCACUGAACAAUUGAUAAAUGGUGUACAAGAAGCUAAGACUCAAUUGAUCACGGAGGCUUUGUCUCCCCCUGAGGAUGCCUUUUUAAUCCGAUUAUUAGAAACAGGUGCUACUGAAAGUAGCUCUGCUAGUAAACCCAUGGACCAGAAUGAUAGAGAGACAAGCACAGGUAAUGAGAAGUCCCAGAACAUAUUACGCAAUCUUGUGUCUGCAAUUGAUGAUUUGUGGUGCUUAAAAGAUGCGCUGCAUGAAUCAAAUUUGAAGGCAAUUCCAGAAGAUGAUUCAUCUAGGCGAAAGGAAUCCACUGAUUUAUUGGAUGACAUUACAACUUUAAGAGCGAAGCUUGGUGAUCUUCAUUUGAGUCACAGAAAAUUGUCAUGGGAACUGCAGUGCCACCUAGAUUGUGAUGCAAAGAAUAAAGCUGAGAUUAAACGUUUAAAGACGGAACUGGAUAGUACUGUUGCAGAGUUAGAUGAAAGUAACUCUAAAUUGGCAAGUCUGAGAGCAGACAUGGAUGCAGCAAAAGGAGCACUCUUCCCUGUCCUAAAUUUAGUGAAUAAGCAGGCUGCUGUUGACAAGACAAAAGAUAAGCAAAAGGAUUUGCAAGAUAUGGAGUCUGCUCUCAAGGAAUUAUUGGACCAAACAUCUUGUCAACUACAUGAACUCAAGCACCUCCAUGAAGAAAGGAUAGGAAUUCUGAAACACUUAUCUGAUUUGCAGAAUACUGUGAAGAAUUUGAAUGGCAUUUCCUCAUCCCAACCCUAUGUGCUGUUAAGGGAGCAGCUUGCAAAGUCAAAAGCAGAUCUGUUCCAUUAUCUGGCACUAUUUGAGAAACUACAGGCUGACAAGGAUAGCCUGGCCUUGGGGGAAAAAGAAAUGAACAUGAGAAAUGAUUUACUUGAUAUUUUGCAACGAAAUUCAGCAAUUACUGAAUCUAGAAUUACUGAGUUUGGAAUUGAGAUACAGAAACAAAUUAGUGAGCAAAAUCUGAUUGAGAAUAGGCUGGAAGAUGCAUUCAGGGAACCUGGUAGGAAAAAAAUCAUUGCAGAGUUCAAAGCCUUGGUUUCCUCAUUUCCAGAGGACAUGGGUAGCAUGCAAAGUCAGCUAAGUAAAUACAAAGAUGCUGCUUCGGAUAUUCAUUCUCUUCGGGCAGAUGCCCAAUCUCUUUCUAUUGUUCUUAAUAGGAAGGCUAACGAGCUGGGAAAAUUAUCAGCUUCAUCAGCUGACCAAGUUACUGAAGUACAGAAGUUAGAAUCUAAGGUCCAUGAUUUGAAGGAGUGUGAUCAAGAGUUGAAGCUCUUUUUGGAAAUGUAUAGGCGUGAAUCUACUGAUUCAAGGGAUAUGAGUGAAGCUAGGGAUUCUGAAUACCAGGCAAGGGCUCAUGUUCAAAGCUUGAAAUCCUCCCUUGAUGAGCACAAUCUGGAAUCGCAGGUCAAAGCAGCAAUUGAAGAUGAGGCCAUCACUCAGCAAAGGCUAGCUGCAGCUGAAGCUGAGAUUGCCAACUUAAGAGAAAAGUCGGAAGGUUCUAAAAGAGAAAACUCCAGGCUUUCAGAUGUUCUGAAGUCCAAGCAUGAGGAAAAUGAAGCCUACCUGUCUGAAAUAGAGAGUAUUAGCCAGGGAUACGAUGAUAUGCAAACUCGAAACCAACAACUCCUGCUGCAAAUUACAGAGAGGGAUGAUUACAACAUCAAGCUUGUUCUAGAGGGGGUGCAGGCAAGACAGCUAAGAGAUCUUCUAGUGUUGGAGAAACAGUUUAUGGAGAAGGAAAUUCAACAAGACAAGGAGUCUGUUAUUUUCUGUGAAAUGAAAAUAACAAGACUUGAGGAUCAGUUAAAAAUGUCUUCGGACCAAAUUCAGAAACUCGCAGAAGAUAGAGUUCAGGGUUUAGCCAAUUUGGAGAUUGUACAAAAGAAAAUGUUGGAUGUGCAGAAAUCAUGUCAGCCACUGAGGGAGACACUGGACACAUUACAGUCCAAGGUAGAACAAAGUCGAUCAGCUCUUGUUAGCUUGGAGAUUGAGCUGGAAAAAGAGAGGUUUGAAAAGAAAAGACUAGAAGAGGAAUUAGAAGUUGCAAGGAGAAAGGCUUUGCGUCUCAGAUCACAGACAGAGGGCUCCUCAAUAGUUGAGAAACUUCAGGAGGAGCUCAAGGAAUACAGGGAAAUUCUGAAGUGCAGUAUUUGCCUCGAAAGGCCAAAAGAGGUUGUCAUCACAAAAUGCUACCACCUAUUUUGCAAUCCUUGCAUUCAAAGAAUUUUAGAGACUCGCCACCGCAAGUGCCCAGUUUGUUCUGCAAGUUUUGGACCUAAUGAUGUCAAACCUGUUUAUAUUUGACCAGAAACUGGAAGAUAGUCUUCUCUGCUGCCUGCUGAUGAGACUCACCUCCCCCGCAGUGCCUAUGAUUAAGGAUUCGGGUGCAAGUGUCCACAGGUUCACACAUGUAAUGCUAUAUUAGAGGAGGUUGAGAUGAAACAUUGACGGGAAACAAUGAAAAUUCCUGUCAUUUUUCCAGUUUGACGUGUGAAUCCGGGUGGAUUUGGCAUUCUGGUUUUAGAAUGUUUAUUUCAUAUAGCUUCUUAGUGCAGUGAAUUUAUGUAGUUUGGGUUCUCCAUAACUGUUUGGAGGAACUAGUUCUUUCAAUUUUAUUAUUUGCAGAAUUUUCUGAAUCAAUUAAGUGCUAGGCCUAAAUGAAUUAUGUUAAGCCAUAAAAGUGGCUGUUUGAUUUCAA